UGGCCAGCGCAAGCGAGCUAUAGCCCUGCGAGACUGGCAUACAAGGGGCUGCCUUACCCUCCUCAGUCGCUGCAGUCCUGUUCCAUCUUCCCCAUCAUACUGAGCAUGCGGCUUUUCGUGGUCCUCUUGGUGGCCCUCUUUGACCUGACAUGCUGCCAGAGGCAGGACCCCUUCUUCUGGCUGAUGGCUCUGCGCAGCCGGGGUUACGGCCCCGGGGCACUGCAGGCGGACACCACGGGAGGAGACUGUCCGAUAGUGUGUGACUGUCCACCCAGUUUCCCCGUGGCCAUGUACUGCGAUGACCGUGGCCUUCAGGAGGUCCCUUACGUGCCAUCGCGUAUGAAGUAUGUCUACCUGCAGUACAACAAGAUUACCAGAAUCAGGGAUGACGCUUUCAGCAAUGCCACUCGGCUGGUUUGGGUCAUGCUGCACCGGAAUCAGCUCAGAUCGGACCAGAUUAGCAAGAACGCUUUUGCUAAUUUGAACAGCCUGGAGAGGCUCUAUCUGGACCACAACAAUCUGACCCAAGUGCCAGUAAACUUGCCCGUUUCUAUCAGAGACCUCCGGCUGAACAAUAACAAGAUUUCCAAGAUUGAGACGAGCUCUUUUAAAGGAAUGGACAAUCUCACAGUGCUGUAUCUUCACGCCAAUGAGAUCCAAGAUGUUGGCAGGGUCUUGAAGGAUCUCACUUCACUGACCCUUCUGGACCUCAGCAACAACCACCUGAAGAAAGUCCCACAGGAGCUACCCAAGAUGCUGCAUCAGCUCUACAUGGAGUCCAACAGCAUUGACGCUGUUCCCGUCAACUUCCUCAGUGACUUUUCCCAGCUUCAGUAUGUCCGGAUGUCCCAUAAUGCACUGACAGACCGUGGAAUCCCUCCCAACACCUUCAAUGUCAGCGGCCUGGUGGAGCUGGACCUGUCCUUCAACAAGCUGGAGAAGAUCCCCCCAGUCAGCACCAGCUUGGAGCACCUCUACCUGCAGGCCAAUCACAUCAAAGAGUUCUCCCUGAGCAGCUUCUGCAGUGUGGUGGACAUCAUGAACUUCUCCAGGCUGCGGGUCCUGAGACUGGGAGGAAAUGAGAUCAAUCUGCAGGAUAUGCCUUCUGAAACGGGCCUGUGCCUACGGCGUGCCUCCACCAUCGAGAUUUAAUGAGCCCCCAGCAGGGGGCACAGCAGAAAGCAGCAGUUCCUCCCCCCUCAUACGCUAAAAUGGCCAACAGCAUCCGUGGCGCUGCGUGAAUGAGACAUUUUUAAUGUAACUAUACAAGCUAUAAAACAACGUUUCCACCAUCAAUUUGCACAUCUUAAACAGGAAUGCGAGGAACUCCUUCUCCACUCAGAUUUUACCUCUUAAUGGGUAACAUUAGUCUACAACAUCAAAUAUAUUAUAGCUGUUACUGCAGACUGUUUCAUCAAACACUUUAAUAAGGACUGCUGUUGGCCAAAGCUACCCCUUACAAAUAAGAAGAGCGUUACUUCAAGUUACACAAGUCACCAAGUGAGAGGCAGACAGAGAAAGAGAAGAGUGAGUGAGAGAGAGAGAGAGAGAGAGAGAGAGAGAGAGAGACUCUUGAAUAGACAACCGCAGGUACAGUUUCUUAUAGUCUUAUAGACACUUAAAACCCCAAACCUCGGAGGUACAUGACCACAGUGCCAAUCCACACACAUCUUUAUUUACUAUUUGGGAAUUUAAAUUAGAAUUAAAAUGCUGUGAAUAUUUAUUUAAAAGGAAAUACAAUCAUUUGUUCAUACCUUUAUGCCUUAAAAACAGUAACAUGUAUGUCUGCCUUUUUGAAGUAUAAAAUGUAUUAAUCACGAACUAGCUUGUAUUAAGGGUUAGAACAAUGCAUAUGUGAGUUUUCUUUAUGUAAUGCAUGUUAGAUACAUUUUUUAAAACCAGCCUGUAGGUCAGAAUUGAUAGCUUCAUUAUUGUCAUUUGAACCUGUUGUUUUGAUUAAGGUUAACAUUUUUUCUCAUGAUGUAAAUGCAUUGUAGUGAUUAUUCUAAUUAAAAGAAGAUGGGAAUGCAUGUUUUAGGAUGUUUUUAAGACUACAGAGUACCACUCUUUUGAAUG